UACAGUUGGCAACAUGAUUUCUCCAGGGUUGGUAGUGGUAGCACUGUUGUUGAUAGGGUUGGCAUCCCUGGACAUUGCCAAGGGCGACUCCUACACCACCAGGUUUGACGGGAUCGACGUGGAAGCGGUCCUCAGGAACGAGCGGAUCCUGCGGAGGUAUGUGGACUGCGCCCUGGACAGAGGACCGUGCACGGCGGAGGGAAAGGAGCUCAAGAAACGACUUCCUGAUGCACUCAAGUCCGAUUGCGCCAAGUGCAGCGAGGUGCAGCGCAAGCAAGCGCGCCGAGUCAUGGAGUUUUUGGCGCGAAACAAGAAGCCCUACUGGACACAGCUGGUCAGCAAGUACGACCCUAGCGGAGAGUACAGGAACAAGUACGGAAUCAAGGAAUGAAGGAAUAAACACACACAACUAUGUCCUGGAUAACACACAAAUAUAUGU